AUGAAUAAAUAUUCAUUAAAUUUCAAAGAUAAAGACAUUGAAUCUAGCUAUCAAAAUGUAAUUCAACAAAAUUUUAGAAUGUUCACUCUAAAUAUUAUGACAUUGGGACUUCUCACUGUUGUGUUAACUAAAAUUAUUGAAAAUAUUUUAGUAGAGUAAUAUCAGAGUAUUUACAAAUACUGCAUAUUCCUAAGCUACUUAAUAAUUUAAUAUGGAGUUGUUAAAAAACACACUAAAUUUAUAAGAGCUUCGUUAAUCCUAUUAAACCAUAUGAUAGCACUAGUUUUUAGCCUCUAAAUAUCUGAAUAAGAUGAUACUUACACUAGUUAUCUUAAAGGUGCUAAUGUAAUGGGUGCAAACUUUUUAAUGUUUAUCUCAGGUGAAUUUCUAGAUGCAACUAUCUCAGUCAUCACUAUUGGAAUUAUGAGAAUUGUUUUACUUUAAGUUUAAACCAAUCUUAUGUUAUAUUCUACAAUCAUUAGUUCAAUGCUUGUAAUACUCUACACUAUUCGUUACUUGUAUCAUUAUCAUAAAGCUAUGCGUAAUUAAUACUUAUUAGCAUUAAAUGAUUCUCAUUGGGAAAAAAUCUUAAAUUCCAUUGCCUUCAAGCAACCUUACAUAGUUUUGUCUUUUAUCGAAGAUACUAUGCAAUUUACACUUAAAUCAGAAGCAUAAUGUCAUAAAUUUUUUAAUAGAUAAUUUAAUGGAUCAACAUUUAUAAGAGAUUCAAUUUACAAGGGAACAAAAUUAGAAAAUUUCUUGUUUCUGUAAAUAAAGAAAUAUCGAGUUGAUAGAGCAUCUGUUUUUAACAAGACUUUAGUUGUGGAAUAUUUAAAAAAAUUAAUUAGAAUUGAAUGUUCAAUUUAUUAUGGAAAUAAACCAACAAUAUUACUUCUUAUGAGAGAUUUCUUAAAUGAAAAAAAACCAGAUACAACUAUCUAUGAAUAACGACAUAGGAAUUUUAUUAAACUUCUUCUUAAAAUUUUAAGUCAUGUUGAUAGGUUAUCUUCAUUUAAAUGUCGUCUAAUAGAAAGAAAACUAUUAAUUUUACAAUUGUAUGAAGAUCUCAAACUUUCAAAGUUAAGGGAAAGUGAGAUCAACAUUUAUAAUUUAGCCCAAAUUUUACAAAAUUUAUAUUCUCAUUUAUCAAUUAAAGCUUUUGCUUUUGGAAACAGCAAUUUGAAUACGAUUUCAAACAUUUUCUUGCUUAUAAUGCUGAUUAUUGCUGAAAAUUCAAAAGGGACAUAUCUUUCAAUAAAUUUAACUAAUGAGGAAGAUUGUUAGAAAUGGCUUAAAAUUUCAGGAAAUUUUGAAAUAGAAAAAGUAAAGAGAACAUUAAAAUAAAUAUCGGAUUUCAUAAAAUUAAUUAUCUCAAGUGAGUAAAUAGAGUAAUAAAAAAUUGUGUUCAAUUUAAAUUAAUAAGUAUUUACACCCUUUUAACUAAAUGAAUUAAAUGCGAGUAGCUUAAAAUAUAUUGAUUUAUAAUGA